UAUUAUAAGUAUGAUUAAGAAAUAACGAAAUUAAAUUCGCACUGGACUAGAACAUGUUUUUGGUCUAGUAUAUAUGACUUGGCCCAACCUUCUAUCAACAUAGAGCCCAGCCCAAAGGUAUUUGAAAUCCAGAAAACAAAGGAACCCCGCGCUUCUUAUCACAAGUUUUGGGAAAUAAAAGCUCACCUUAUUUCCGACCGAUGAGAUCCUCUUUCGUCUCGUAUCCCCACAAUUGUUAAAUCUCUGCAACCGAACAAUCAAGCAAUUAUCUCAAAACACCAAACAAAUUCCAAUCUUUCUUCUACUUGUCGGCGAGCCAGAUCGUUAGAGCUCUCAAAUGGGCGGUGCCAAGCGUCCCGAGUCCAUAUCGGAAGUAGCGAAAUGGAAAGUGUUGUAUGCGCCGCUGGUGAAAUUGCUAAAGAAUCAACAAGAGCAGAUCGAAACUCUGCUCAGCCAGAGGAAAUCUCUUGAAGAAUGGAUAAAGAAGCAGCAGGGAGCAUGGACUGCCAAUCACCGACUCUAUGAAACUCAUAUCUCCGAACUCAUGUCACGCCUGGAAGAGAAAGAGAUGGAGCUAUUAAUGGAGGCUGCCAAAACUGAGUUGAUGGUGGGAUUGAAGCACAGAGAAGCUGUGGUCCGUAAACUGAAGUUAGAGGAAGCAGAAGAUGAAUUGGCAGAUUUCAGGGCAUUGUUUGACCUCCUCACUGCUAGCUCGAAGGAGACCGACGAACCAGAUCAAGGCACUGAAUCACGUAGGCGAACAAGAUCUUCCACCUCUAAGAUAGCAGCAGCAGACCCUGAAUCUGAAAGGCUCAAGCUCAAGUACGAGAAGCUUGUUUCUGACAAGAAUGUUGUGAUCGCCAUGCUCUCGAAGGAGAAAACCUUUAUAUGGAACCAAUUCAACAUGUUGGAAAGCAAGCUGACCGAAAAGCUGAAGGUGAAGCAAGCCGAAGUUGAUCAAGCUAAUGAUAAGUUGGCCCAAGUUCUCACCACGGCCGAGCAGCUCCAAUCUUCCAACGGUGAGAAGGAUGGGACCAUCGCGGAGCUGAAAGAGCAGCUUCAAUCUUCCAACACCAAGAAGGAUGAGGCCAUUGAGAAGCUGGAAGCUCGAGUGUACGAGUUAUCGCAAGAGUUGGAAGGUCUUAAGAAGUCUCAAGUCGCUACUCCUGCGUUGAGAAGCUGUAAGGGCAUGGCUGUUAAAACUGUAAAGAAAGAGUCAAAUGCUGAGAAUGGUAGCAGAAGCUCGAAGAGAAAGGGAGAUGAUGAUGAUGCUGUUAUCAUCGUGGAAUCGCCACCGAAUCUGUUCACUUCUUCCUUCAGAGUCCCUAAGCUGAAGAACUCCUCAACUCCUGCUUAGUGUCGUGGAAGAGAAUUCUAUUUCGAAGGGUUUUGGGAGAGUUGGCUUGGCUUAAACAUCGUUGAGCGACUACGGAUCUGUAACCAACCGGUUAGUAGUAUUACAUGUAAAGAGUUUAGUGAAGCGUUAGGUUGUAGCUUGUACAUUGUAGUGAAAUUUCUAACCAAUUUUAGUGAUUCUGUUACAAUAUGUGACAGAAGUAUCUUGUGAAUAUGAGAAUUGCUCUUGUUGUCCGAAUUUCUAACCAACCGGUCUAAACUCAACAUAACAGACAACGGAAAAAAAAAAAAGACCUGAUAGGCGCUCUCGCCUCUCUCCUCGGUCUCUGGCUGCGGGCUCUGCUUCAACUUAGUCGAACAGCCGGCGACCUUUUUCUCUUUCUUGUGGUGGCGAUCUUCCAAUCGGCCCUCGGAAAUCAUGAGUAGCAGGGAUUUUGGUGGGCUCUUCCACACAGGAAACCGGUGGGAGCGCAGAUGAAUACUCCGGUGACGCUACUUGGAGGACGACGACCACGAGUUGACUCCGAUCAUCACUUCUCUGGGGGAGAGACCAACCGGGUCGGGCCUGGGAAGAGGAAGAAAAGACAAGCCCUCGCGAUUUCCCAUAGCCACGAAUCCCCUCAACCCAAGCGAGCACGGCGCUCCCAACUGGUGCUGUGGCGGUUUUAUCUACCGUCGCCGGAGGAGGCAACCAAGGAAUCACAAGACGAUCUAAGUAUUUCGAAACACCUCACAGAGCAAAAAGAACCUACAAGGAGUCAGGCAAUAAGAUUGGAAGCCCAUAGCUGCGAGCUCUGAAUUUAGAUCCUGGAAUGGGACGAGUUCAAAUUUGCUUGGUGGUGGUACCCUGACACCGGAAAACUGGAUCCGUCGUGGACCAGCGCCGGAACCGUUGACCCCAGUGGCCUUCCGGCCGAGACUUCGCCCGAAACGUACACUGCUAGGAAAGUCUCCUAGCAAGCGUAAUUUCAGGGGGUUCGCUCUUUCCUCGGGGAUGUCUAACGGCCGAGGGGAUUUUGGGAUCCGCCGUAUCUCUAUACGGUUGGGGAAAUCCACUAACUGUUGUUCUAUUUUGAAACAAAAUAGUCCCCCUCUCCAGAUAGAAUUCCCACCACAGUGGGGUUCUAAAAAAUGGCCUGCCUAUUU